GGACAGUCAGUAAACAUUUGAUCGUUUUAGCAAUCACAUCUCGAUGUUGAAAGACAAGGUAUUUACUAAAAGCGCUAUACAUCGUUUUCCAAAGACUUUUCAAUUUGGACAGGCGAACGCAGCCUGUCGAUUCUGCAAGAAAAUAUUUUGCUGCACAACGUGUCGCGAUCGCCACGUGGACAAAGUGCAUCCCAACGUGAAUACCGAUUGUCCCCUAUGCGCCUCUGAAAUAUUGCUGAUACGACAGUAUGAGUCCACGAAACUGAAUUUGGAGGAUGAAAAAUUAUUGUGUCACAUAGUGGACAAACAUUUGCCAUUACGUUGCCGGCUGUGCGGUAAUUUGUUUGAAUCCAGAGAAGAUUUCAAGUCCGUUGGUGCGUGCAAGUGGUUCGAACACUGGAAUUAUUUAACGUCGCCAUCCAACCAUGAGCAUCUCGAGAAGAAAUCAAAACAGUGUUCUAUAAGCGAAAGCGACUGUAACGGCAGCAGAUUUUGCACACCGCCGGAAAUCUAUCGCAAGACCAGUACACCGAUGCUUCUUGAUCAAAAGGCUGGCUUUGAGAUACUCUCCGUACCGGAAUUCAACUUAAAAACGCCUAAGACGGACUCGUCCUCGAUCGCACAGGUCGCAUCAAUCUCGAAGACGCAAACGAGCGAUACGCAAUUCUUUAGUUGUUUGCUGUACAGCUCAAACGAAGAUAUGACGCCUUUUAGGAUCUGCAAAGACGAACAAUUUGCUAGGAGCAAUUCAGGCAGGAGACUGAGCAUCAUGGAAGUAGAGCAAGAAAAAGUUGCAAACAACGAUACUAAAAUAAUAACUGCGAAUGUGAAUGAAGUGUUGUCUCCUGUAGACAUGGACUUGAUGUCGAUCAAGGGUGGCAUCCUGCAGAACUCAUCCAUGUCAGAUGAUAUUUGUGAGGAUGUCUUGAAGAAGGUAAGGUUCUCCGAUCGGUACGAAACCGCGACGGAGUUUGGGGACUUGAUGGAAUCCUGUGUGCGCACUAUUCUCAACAUGUCGAUGGAGGAAGACGAGUCUCAUGGCGCGCAAAAAGCGGAUAUUGCAGUAGAAGGUACUAAAGACGCAAAUAACAGAAUGCAAACGAACAGCAUGGAAGACACGAACACUGCGAAGGUCACAAAUGACAACCAAGCUGAAGACACAAUGCGUUUUUUAAUACAACCCCCGGAGAAUUUUUUAAAUAAUUCGCAAAUCAAGAUCAUUCAGGACAACACGAAGAAUAUAAAGGAGAAUCAAAAUCCUGAUGUAAGCAAUGAAGUAAACAAUUGUUGCUCAGUUAUAAAUCAACAAGAUUCCAACAACAGAGUGCUGAUGAUGGUGCUGAUGGAGAGCAAUUCAGGAGGAUUGAAUACCGAUUUGAUGCCUCUGAUCAGUUCAGGUUUGAAGAAGUUGCAAGAGCAACUCGUAUCAAAUCGUCAGUCACCUCUAAAUACGGCCGAAUCUACUAAGAUUUGUAGAAGAUCUAUUACGACAAUGAAGAUGAGUGUCGAGAGUGUAGAGAAUUAUUCUGCGGACAACGCAGCGAACGGACAGUUUGCGUCGUCUUCUUCCGUACAAAACAGCGAAAAUAGUAACAAUGGUGGAUUUCUAUCAUCCGUCGCGCAAGCUAUGAAACACGCUUUAAAAAAUCUAUCUGUUUCGGGUUUGAGAGUACCAAAAAGCAUUGAAGCGUCUGAAGUAGUCCAACGACGAGAGAUCGUCGAGAAAUUGUCAUGCUCGCCGAAAUCCAGCGGUGCCAGCAGUAGCCAAGUUCGUCUUGGUAAACGGUCCCGUGAAGCCACCGAAGCGUCCUCGAAGGAAGAUCCAACUGCAUUUUCACCGGAUACAAGAAGUCCUCUCGCGAAACGUCAGAGGGGAUGGUACAAGAUGAUUAGAGGACGACUGCCGAUUAACAGGAUGCGGAACAGUCGCGUGACAACUUCGCCCAGAGGAGUAUCCAAAGAGACACAGGUUUUCAGUCAAGGAUCCUUGACUGUGGGCGACACAAUCCUGCCGCUUCCUGCGAGAGCACAUCAAACCACAGAGUAACAAUGCUUCUUAUAACGAGAAAGAGAUAGAUAUUACUGAAU